AUGAACGUGUUCAGUUUCUCUCCUUCCAUUCUCUCGGAAAACCCUCAAGAGGAGAAGACUGUUGGUCCUCUUAACAUUCCAUUUGAUGAGCAUUGCGAUUCCUACGCGUUGGCGGACGAGAAGUCUAAGGAGAUUUUGGAAGCCGAGAACAAGAAGGUUGACGAGCUGAUGAACAGGUUCACUAGAGGGUUUGACCCAGGCGCUUUCAUUGCAGAAGUCAUGGCUUGGAUUCCCGAGUUGUCCAAAAAUCUGUUCCCAAGCUCCUAUAGUCAUCUAUUCGUCCUACUGCUUGAGACUCACGGGAACAUGGAGGCGGUCCAGAUUAAUCUUGAAAAGUGGCUCCAAAAGCGUUACCAGAGCAUGCUGGUUUCUCUCCCCGCCAAUAGCAACAUGACGGAUCAGUGGUUCUUUCUGUCCGAACUCGAGAUGCUGAGAAAGUUGCUGGCGCCUCUGCGUGGGGAGGAUGCUAAACCCAUCAUCUGGAUGAAUAGCCGACGUGUAUAUGGAGCGAAGGUCUGUCAGCAGCUCGAAGCAUCCGCGAGGGUCAUUGAAGAGUUUAAACGAGACGUUGUGAAGGAGCUUAAGAAAGACACCGAAGACAGAACCUGCUACAGCUCACUCCCCGUUUCGACGGAGCGCAGCUCACUGAUGAGCAUGAAACAGCUGCGAAUUGAUGCAUGCAGGGCGACACUCAACUGGGAUGGGUUUAAUCAAUCGGAUAUCGAACUCACAUCAUUCUAUCAUUUCUACAAGGACUAUAUUAUCAAGACCGAGCCCGCGAAAGCCCGUGCAUCCGGUUGGCUUCCACCUCUUACCACUGAAGUGCCUCACUCAUCCGCUGAAAAGGCUAAAAAGGGUGACUUGGUAGUUUGGCCAUCGCACGGAUGCAAGGAAGACGUGCUGGACCUGCUGCUUAAGACUGCACUGUGGCUCAGCGUAGCAAGAGGGCUGGCUCCCGUCCAUCUUUUCUGCGAUGUCGCCAGACUCUUUACCAUCCAUAAACCCUCCAAGACGGCUGGAGAUACGUACGUCUCCUUCCUGCGACAUCUUACUCAGAUGCGAAUCUCGGAUGGAGUCCAGUCCCAUGUUUCCACCCCUGUUCCGUAUCGCGAUGUAAAGCUGGCCCGUCUAAACCCGGAUUACUUCGACGAUGUGUGGAAAACAAAUCGCACCUUGACAGCUGGGCUCACCGAGCGUCUGUCUCUCUUGGAGAAAAAGACUGCUACGGACUUUAAAAUGUCAGCGCCUCCUACCUCUCGUUCCCUUCGCAAAGAGAAGAGAACUCUAAAGGAGACGCGCGGAGGUGCGGCUGUAACCUGGCCUACGGCUAUCCCUACUCAUGACGAGCAGGAAGUUGGGGUUGAAGACAGGACCGAUCAAGCGGUGUCAUACCCGGUGGAUACUAGCCCCAGAACCGCUAAAACCCCCCAGGAAAAGGAGCGUCUUUUGAGAAGCACUGAGUUUGAUAUAGGUCUUAAUCAGAACUUACCCAGCAAGAAUAUUUAG